UAUACUAGAUCUUACGGAGCCUGCUCAUGUACAACAUGAUUCGGAUCAUAGAAAAGAUUCUCUUUAAGCGAACCAGCCUAUCCUCUGUAUAGGGUUACACGGCGAUUGGAAUUAAUGGUCGAUGCAAAAUCAUUAUAAUGGAUUCGAGGAUUCGUUUGGAUUAUGCUCUGUUUCAGCUAACUCCAACACGAACAAGGUGCGAUCUUGUAAUCUUUGCUGGUGAAAAAUCGGAGAAAUUAGCUUCUGGUUUGCUUGAACCUUUUCUCAUUCAUCUCAAAUCCGCUAAAGAUCAGAUUUCUAAAGGAGGCUAUUCAAUUACUCUUCGACCUUUGAUCGCUAAUGUUUGUUGGUUCACUAAAGCAACUUUACAGAGGUUUGUGAAAUUUGUUAGUACUCCUGAAAUUAUCGAGCGAUUUGUAAGCAUAGAAAGAGAUAUUAUGCAGAUUGAGAGUGAACAAGCUAAUGGUAGUAUCAACGUUGAAGGAAAUGCAUCAGCUUUUGAUGGAGAUUCCAAAUUCUCUGCUGGUUUUUCAAAGUCCAACGGUGAAUCUAAUGGUGUUGGUGAUGCUACAAAGGAAGAAAAUCCUAAGAUUCGUCUUCAACGCGUUCUAGAAAGUAGAAAAGCAGUUUUAAGGAAAGAGCAAGCAAUGGCAUAUGCUCGCGCUUUGGUAUCUGGCUUUGAUAUGGAUAAUUUGGAUGAUCUCAUAUCUUUUUCCAAUGCUUUUGGCGCUCUACGUUUAAGAGAAGCCUGCAUUAAGUUUAUGGAGCUGUGCAACAAAAAGAGAGAUGAUGGGAUCUGGAUGGAUGAAGUUGCUGCUCUUCAAGCCUACUCUCCUUCUGAGUUUUCGUAUUUUGGGAGGUCGGGGAUCACGCUUGCUGCUGAUGUUACUCAAGAUAAUCAAAGUAUUGAUCUUUCCAUCAGAAAACAGAAUGAUGAUACAUUGAGUCAUGGAAGUCUGGAUACUAGUCAAGAAAAUGGUUUACCACCACCUAUCAAAGUUCACUCAACAGAAGGGAAAUCACAGCCAAUGUGGCCAAACAAUAUGCCACCUUACCUGCAAAACUAUCAAAAUCCUGCAUUUCAACAAAUUCCACCAUAUCCAGGGUACAUGUUUUCGGGCAAUCCGAGUUACUAUACUGGAAUGCCAUGGCCUGUGAAUCCAGAAGAUUCUAGUCGAGGUCCCGGUCCUGAAUCAGAUUAUAAUUGGAAGAAUAAACCACCUUCCAAGAACAAGAAGAAAUAUUCAAACGGGGAUAGAAAUGAAAGCAACAAUUCAAGCUCUAACGGUGACUCUGAUGAUUAUGAGGAGGAUAAGAAAAUGCAUCAUGGGAAAAAAUCAUCAAGAAAAGUUGUUAUCCGCAACAUAAACUAUAUAGCCUCGAAGAGAAAUGAACAAAGUGAUCACAGCAGCACCGAGGAUAGUUCAUCUGAUGAGGAUGGAUCCACUGAUGCAGGUUCCCUCAGAAAGCAGGUAGAGGAAGCAGUUGGAUCAUGGGAGAGGCAUCAUAACUCAACGUCUCGGAACAAGAAGAAGCGAGAUGGAAAGAAGAGAAACAACAGUGGGAGUAUAUCAAAUGGUGCCUCUAAGGAUGAAGUAACCAACAGUGGUAAGAAUUGGGAUAUCUUCCAGAACAUUCUAAUGCAAGAUGCAGAUUCAAGAACCGAUGACACGAGGCCAAAAGAUGUCCAGGAAGAGUACUUGAUGACAAAGAAAAUGACUCCUUCAACUGAUCCUCUUAUAAUAAACGAGAGAAACAUGGGACACGGAGAUGAAAUACCACGACAAAACAUGUGGGAAGAGAAGAGGCGUGGACCAGUUAUUAUAAGAGAGAGCACAGAUGAAGAGUUGUUAUUUUCGCAUAGAACUCAGGAACCAAAGGGCUAUCCUCAGUCUAUCUCGUCGAACAUUGACACUGAACGAGUUGUUCUUAAGAGCCAAAAAGAGGAGGAUUGGUUAGCUGGCAAUCUACUAAAUAAAUCAACAUAUCAAGGAAAAAGCUCAGAUCAAAGUAUCUUUGUUGGAGAUUAUGCUUCAGCCUCUCAUGAUGAUCAUUUGAAAACAGGGAAAGAUAAGAAAGGCGUCCAGUUUGAUGAUUCCAUUGUGGUUCGAGCCCAUUCGGUUGAUAAUGUGUCUGAUUAUGACCAACAGACAGACAUUUUCAUGGUCUUAGACAUCGUCGGAGCUGAACAAGUUAAGCACAGCAUGCCUAAUCACGCGGAAGAGAAGCUUGAUCCUUCUGAUGCAUGUGAACCAAAUGAUCUUUUCAUGGUUCUUGGAAGAGAUUCAGCUGCUGAGCAAGUUUCAGCCUCUCGGGAUACUGAAAUGUAUGACGAAAAUGAUGUCUUCCUGUCUGAAACUCUUAAGAGUCACACUGAUAUCAGACCUGCUUCUGCUGAGACAAAGCUUCAAACAAAAGGCGAAGGGACCAACAAAAGGAUCGGUAGGGACCUUGGGCGAAAGGCAGUUAUUAAAGAACCAAAAUCUAAAACUUCCGUAACCGGAUCUCUUGGAAGGACCAAAUCUGAUACAUCAUCAAGAAUCAAGAAAUCACCUUCCACAUUUCAGAAGAGCAAAGCUGACAAGGACGAGGAGAGUCGAAAGAAAUUAGAACAAUCAUUAUUGCAACGUCAAAAGAGAAUCGCAGAAAGAAGUGGUGCCACUGGUUUAACCAAACCAACAUCAAGGAAGAAUCCAGCCACAUCUUCAACAAUUGAGAAAUCAAAACCUGAGGCAACCAAUAGAUUACAAAAAACAGUUUUUAAGAGUUCCACUAUAGAGCGUCUCGCGUCUACAACUACAAGGACAGCUAAGGAUCGAUCCACUGACUCAAAAACCACUCCAAGCAGGAAAGCAAGUCGAAAGGAGAACAAAGUGAUUGCUCCAACAAAGAAAUCAGCUGGAAAAGAGAGUACUAAGCAAGGUCCCCGUAAGUCCAAGCCUUCGGAUACUAAAGGCCACUCUUCAUCUGAACCUCCUCAGAAGGAAAAAGAUAGCAACACUGGAGUAAACUCAAUGUUAAACGAACGUGGAGCAGAACUGAGUCCACAAGUAUCUAGUGAAGUCGUUGAUGCUAAGAACACGGAGGAGGUACGUAGCAUAUCAUUAAUCGAGAAGAAGAUAGAUACACCUAUGAUUUCUGCUGAACAUUCAAUAGAUGACAAGAAACAAAGUCCUAACAAGGCUGUUAAGUUUCUACUGUCUGAAGUUGAAACCUCAGCAGCAGUUGACAAUGCUAUUGGAGUUAUAAGUCAUCUGACUUCCUCUGUAUCGAACGUGCAUUUGGACACUCCAGUAUGCCAAGACAUACUCUCUAAUGAAGUUUCCACCCCACCUCCAAAUAAUGAAAUGAACUUCGAGACGAAUCAAGGAAGAAGGAAAUGGACAACUGAUGAAAGUUCACUUAGAGUUACGAAAGGAUUCAGAAAGCUUCUUUAUUUUGGUAGAAAAAACUGAAUUUUUUCCUUGUUUUGACAUUCCUUAUUGCUGUGAAAUCCUGUGUGAUGAGUGUUGUGGUUAUUGUUCAAUAAAAUCUUGUAUCAAAAAAGAAAGAAUUCAUUCAAUUCUCUUUUGUUGUAUAACAUUAUUGUUUGUGUUUUUAUGAAUUUGUCUUUGCGCGA